UUUGUUUUUUUCCUCAACGGGAAUGUUUGGCGCUUACAACUGGACUAAUGGACGUGCGGGUCUGCUUAGAUGAACUUAAAAAAAGCCUUACAACAAACUUAUGGUAGUGUACAUGUCCUCCAGGAUCUGAAAGUACUUGUUUUAGUCACCGGAAAUCAUAGAAUAUAGCUCCUGACGCUGCUCCACUACCACGUGGAUUAGACUUCGAGUUGAAGGUUUGACGUCUGGCCUCUAAAGUCAUCUGCUGCAUUCUGGAUCUCCGAGCAGAAUCACAGCCAUCUGACAAAUUAUGAGAUUUUGUUUGGCGCAUUUCUUAGUAGUACGCACCCACCGGAGUUCGGGCUCAGGACCUCCUAGUUACUAGGUGCGCUCGCAAAUCAUUCAGCCACUGUAACCCAACCCCAACGGUCGAUGAAUUCUGAAUUUCGCCAAUUCCGUUGCUCUAAAUAUAUCACGAAUUAGCAGAAGUUGAAAUUCAUGGACCGUUGGGUCAGGUCCCACUGGCCGAAUGGUGUACAAGCUUGCUUUGUAACCAGGAGGUCUUGGGUUCGAACCCUGGUGGGUACGUAAUGAUAAGGAGUCCGAAACGAGGAAGAAACAGCUGUCCAUUGCCUCUCUUAGUACCCAUUAAUGUGCUGAGUUUGCGUCUUAAUAAUCCAAAACAUGAACAUUAAUUCUACAGAGCAUGUCUUGUAGUGCUUACUUUACUUUACUUCGGCUAUCUCCUACGGGAGGAUGAGCCGGCUUCAUGAACCAUGAAGUUUCAUGGGAAUUGGGUACGAGUGAUGUCCCUAGCAUCGCUCGGCCUUUUGUUUGAGAGUGCAGCUCUAGCCUUUACACAACCAACCAAGUGUGACCUACAAGGCAGUAGGAGUGGAGUAGGGAGUCCACUAUCCAUUGGGAGCCGGUGACCGAGUCCGGUUCAUUCGCCUUUUUGAAUGGGGCCAGUCAUCCAGGGCAUCCAAUAAGCCAUUUGUCCAUACGUCUGCCGGUGAGCUUCAUACGCCAGUCGUUGGAGGUUUGUAGUGCUGAUAAGUUGGAUGUGAGUUACACGUUGUCGUUUUUUUUUCUAUGUGGCGAAUUUAGUAUGUAUCGUCCGUCACAGUUAACCAUUGAUAAUUUAACAAUUCAUAUUGGUUUUGUGAGAUUGGUGGUGAAUUCUGUAAUUAUAAUAUUCGUACCCAUUGAAUUAUGGUCGCAUUGAGUUGUAUUCACUUUACUUCCCAGCAAGGUGGAGCACUACUAAUGAGUAGUAUCAUAAUCAUUUUAGAAUCAUUAUUUGAUGCUUUGGUUUUAAUACCUUUACCAUAGGUAUCGACUCAACUCUGGUUACUUCUAAGACGGUUCGCAUUUGUGAUGUUUGUGAUCCUGGUUUGUUUAACGUGUAAUUUCGGAUGCAUAAUAGAUUGGAAUUACUAUUCAGUAUUCUCACAGUGGUGUGUGCAUCAGUAGUAGUUCAGUGGUGGAACUCUCGCUAACCACGCAUGUAGUUCGUGGUUCGAUCCGCGGUGGCUAACGCACUCUUAAACUGUGCUAAGCCGAUAGUAACGGCUGGCGAUCCCCCACUCCGUAAAAAAUAAACACCACUCACCAAUUGGAUGUAUUUCUCCAUACUACUGACUUACAUUGCUCCUGCUAUAAAACUUGAUUUAAAUUACUCGCACUCCUUUAAAGUGGACUUCGUCUGUUUGUUUUCUUUUCUCAAUUCAGAAUUCAGCAGAAAAGAAAUGCUGACGUCUUCAGUGAUGACGAAUUGUUCCACCAAGCAGCAGCAGCAGCAGGAGGAUGAAAUCUCUGCGAUGAAAUGGGCUAAAUUAUUGCCUGUACAUGAUUCGUGUAUGCAUGAACUAUCUCAAGAAGUGAUUACUAUUGGAUCAUCUGAAGAAUGUUCCAUUCUCGUCAAAGAUGAGAAUGUCUCAGCUUCACAUUGUAUGCUGAUCAAAGAUCCAGACAAUGUGAUCUGGCUGUAUGAUUGUAGUGAAGACAAAGGGACACGAUGUAAUAAUGGUAAAUGGUUGAAUCAAGACUGCAUUAGUCUACAUAACGGGGAUUACUUCCAUCUUGUAUGGGAUGAAGUCGAUGAGAGUAAAAGAAUCGGAUUUUGUAUUUUAUUAUCUGAUGAUAAUAGUCAGAAGAUGGAUUCCAUUAACGAUGAAUGUCAUGAUAAAGCCAAGAUAAUGAAGAUGACGACGACGAUGAUGAUAACUCCUGUGGAAUGCCAAACACAACCAUCAACAUCCUCCUCGUCUUCUACAGCAUCAACAUCAAUGUCUGCAGAUAGUGAAAUGGAGUCGUGUUUAACAUGUGUAAUUUGUGGAGAUAUCUACUUUGAAUGUUGUAGUGUUCAACCAUGUCUACAUAGUUUCUGCACUCUAUGCUGGUUGAAAUGGCAAAAAUCUGAAUGUCCAAUGUGUCGUAAACACGUAUCAGCUUAUGCUAAAAAUCAUCAAUUGAAUGAUUUAGUCGAGGUGUUUCUUCGUAAAUAUCCAGAGAAAUCAAAGUCAACUGAAGAACAAAAUGAAAUUAAAGAAGAAAUAAGAAGAUUGGCAACUCCUACAAAUAAUUAUCAAAAUCGUCGAUACAAUAGGCGAAAUAGAAGGCAAAGAGUCGAAAGAUAUGCAGUCACUGGAGGUAUUGGUCGUAAUGGUUUAUUACACACUGGUGGGGGUGGUGGUGCCGCUGCAACUGCUACUUCCUCUAAUAUUUCACUUAUCAAUGUUGAUGAAAUUACCCUGGCGACUACUACAUCAUCAAUUGUCAAUGAAAUUAUUACUACUAAUAAUCCUACUUCUAUUGUCAAUUAUCCAAUGACUAAUGAUACUGUUAUACCAACUAUGAUGUCAUCGUCAGUGUAUACCCCAUUUAACUCUAGUUGUAUUUUUUGUUCAUGGGUACCACCAAAUGGUCGUCGUGAUCAAAGUAGUAGUGGCAGUGGUGGUGGUAGUAGGCUUGCUGGUGUUGGGAAUCAUGUUACACGAGAUAAUGAAUGUUCAUCACAUUGUUUCUGUGCAUGUUGUCGUCGACCUAUGCCAAGUCAAACAUCACUACAUCCACGUGGAAUAAAUACAAUUGAAUGUGAAAUAUGCCGGCGUACAUUUUGUUCAUUGAUCAAUCCUACUGGUUGUGCUGGAUGUAAUGGUUACUGUUUAUCACGACUACAAGAUUUAACAAGAUAUACCACAAUUCCUCGGACUUUAUUAUUGAAUAAUCGGAUAGAAACAGAAAUUUUAAAUGAUUAUUUAACAUCUCAAGGAAUAUCGAUACCAAGAUUUAUUGAACAAUGUUUAUCAACAUUUAUCAGUUCAACAAUUAUCUAUCCAUCAUUAGUGCUGAGUGAAAAUUCCCUGGUUUGUACAAGUUGUGGAGAACACGUGCUGAGUGAAUUAGCUUACAAAUAUCGUGUAUCUAUAUGUGCAGACCAGUUGCCAGAUGAAGUGGUCCUAAAACCAAAUUGUUAUUACGGUCGAUAUUGUCGUUAUCAAAGUAAUAAUUAUCAUCAUGCUAGACGUUUUAAUCAUAUAUGUGAAAGAUCAUUUUAAUGAUCAUUUCUUUUUGUGGUACGGUACUGCCCCCCCCUCCUCUCUGUUGUGCUGUUGCAUGUCACCACUCCUCUAUCUCUACUUCCAUCGAUUGAUCACUUUUUCUGUGUGUGUGUGUGUGUGUAUGUUCUCUACAGGACACUGCCAGCUUUCAAACAAGCCACAUACAUAUAUAUUGUGUAUUUUACCAAAGUAGGAUUUAGUGAAUUUAUCUUACAAUUUCGGUAGAAGUGUUCCCCUUCAGCUGCCGAAUAUAUAUUCUACAUUAAUACAUAGAAGCACAUUGAGAAUUGAUGGUCACCUCGAAUCUUACUUGUUAAUUAAUUGUCAUGAAAAUCUUUCUUUUGUUAGUAUUAUUAUGACGAUUCAGUGUGGUAUUUGUGACAUUUUCAAGUUCUCCCUCCCUCUUUCUCUCACUGUCUGUCUCUCUGUGAUAAUGAAAGAAUAUUGAAUUUAGUGUGGUAGGGAUUUAGCCGCCAACAUUGUGUUAAGCAUUACUCUGUUCUGAAGAACAAGAUCCUGCAGUUGACUUUCUCUAUGCGUUAUUAUCAGUUCAUCUGCUCCUGUGGAACAGCCUAUUUAUUACCUUUAGAAUUAUGUCUACUAUAUAAGAUGUAACAUAAUCAACCCUUAAUUAUCUGUAUUCUUGAAGCUUUGGUCAUGUAGAAAUAAAAGAAAAAAACUAGAGAGUUUUGUAUCCAGCAGAAAAAGUAUGUUCGACCGACCACCCACCCCGUCCUCCCCCUGUCAUGGUCCUCAGUCCAUCUGUGUUAAAUCAUUACAUAAUUCCUAUUUCUACUUGGGGUACUCAUAUUUCAAUUUGUAUAUACAUCCUUCCCUUUUUUUUAUUAUUUCGAUUGCUAUUAUAUAAUUAUUAUUUUCAUUUUGAACAAGUCCCAGAAUUUAUUUCACUUGUGUAUUAGCCUUUUCGGUAAUUAUAUAUGUAAUUAAUUCAAUAUUAUCAUUCACAUGUCGUGUUAUCAUAAUUUCUCACCUUUUUGUGUACUGCAUAAUGCUUUUAAUUGCCCACUAAUCUUAAGAUUUCCACAUUUCAUUCAUGAAUUAUUUUUUGUCACAAAUCACACUUAUAAUUGAGAGAAAAACCAUACAUAUAUUACAGUUGUGUAAAGCCUAAUGAUAAAUUUGUUACAAAAUUGAAUCACACGUGCUUUGAACUUCUAUAUUUCCAUCCUAAGAAAGAUUUUCGAGAAAUCUAUUACAAUGUUAAUUAUUUUCAAAAAUUAUUAUCUAUCUACCUGUCCUGUCUUGCACGCUAGAUUCAUCAUUGUAGUGUUUAUUCACUUGCCAAUCAUAUAUAUAUAUAUAUCCUAAAGUGCUUCUUGUACUGAAGAGUUCUGCCGAAAUUGAAAGGAUUCAUUCAAUCCUUACUCUACUAACAAUAUCUGUUGCUUGUAUCAGGGAAUUGAAUGUUUCUAAUUUUUGAUAAAUACAUGAUCAUUAGCUUUGCAUUUAUUUGAUUUCAUCAGCGCUGUAACCUCCCCCCCUAUUUGAUUUGAUUCAAUCACAGAGAGAGAAAGAGAUGGGGAGAAUGACAAUAAUUUUUGUUUUCCUUAGAUGUGUACAUAUGUCUAUCUAUUUUAGAUUCUCUUAUGAUGAUUACAAAGAAAAAAACGAUCAGAGAGACCUGAUGAAAAUAUUUCACUUAUUAUUAUUAUUUCUUCUAAAUAAAUACAUUUUUUUUCUCUCUGUGUCGUGUAUGUUCUUUGUUAUUCCAUUGUUUUCCUUCGCUUUAACAUUUCGCAUCUGCCUAUUUAGAUGAAUAUGACCUUGGUUAAGGGCGAAGAAAAAGCCAAUAGAUUUUAUUGUC